AUGGCAAAACCUCUGGAUGACUUUCUGCGGAAGCCACUAUACGUCUACGAUCUCCCCCCAAAGGUACUCGACAACAUCUCCCUAAAGUCCGGCGAUCGAGACACCCCCGACAUACCAGAUGACCAACUCGAACCCCACCCUGUCGACCGGGAUGACGGUCUCGUCGGCGCACAGAGCUGCUCCCUCUGCAGUCUGACAUUCAGCUCGCUCGAGGACCAGCGCAGCCACCAGAGAUCUGACCUGCACCGCUACAACCUCAAGCAGAAGCUGCGGGGGCUCAAGCCCGUGACGGAGACGGAUUUCGAGAAGCUCAUUGGCGACCUGGACGAGUCCCUGUCCGGUUCUGACACGUCCGAAGAUGACGAUGGCUCCGACGACGGUGGCAAGCCAGAAUCUACCCUGACCUUGCUGCUCAAGAGGCAGGCCCGCCUGGCCGACAAGACGGCCGCCGCCGACGACGACGAUGGUGGAGACGACACCAACGGCAACCCAGAGCGAUCGGCGCGCAGAAACAAGUCCAAGGCGCCGCUUAUCUGGUUCGGCUCGCCGCUACUACCGGACAAGACCUACUUUGGCCUAUACAGGUCCAUCCUGACGGGAGAGGAGCAGCGGCUCACGGAUCUGGUCGAGGUACUACGGAAGAAGCAGAUCGAGCCCAUCGUGAUGCCCCGACCGGCCAAGGACGGUUCCAUCCCCGACGUCGCCUACAAGGGCCCUCACAUGUUCCUGUGCAUGAUCGGCGGCGGCCACUUCGCCGCCAUGGUGGUGUCGCUGGCCCCGCGGCCGACCAAGAGCGGCGCCACCACCAUGAACCGCGAGGCCACGGUGCUGGCGCACAAGACGUUCCACCGAUAUACGACGCGCCGUAAACAGGGAGGCUCGCAGUCAGCCAACGACAACGCCAAGGGCAAUGCGCACUCGGCAGGAUCCGACCUGCGUCGAUACAACGAGCAGGCCCUGGUGCAGGACGUGCGGUCCCUGCUGACUGAGUGGAAGGGGCUGAUCGACACGUCGGAGCUGCUCUUUGUACGCGCUACGGGGUCCACCAACCGCCGGACCCUCUUCGGUCCCUACGACGGACAGGUUCUCCGGCACAAUGACUCCAGACUGCGAAGCUUCCCGUUCAGCACGAGGCGUGCAACGCAAAACGAGCUGAUGCGCUCCUUUAUCGAGCUCACACGCCUCAAGGUGCGAGAGAUUGACCAGGCCAAGGCGGCGCCCCCGCCGUCCACUACAAAGGAGACAUCCAAGCCUGCGUCGCAGAAGCCUGCGACCAAGCCCAAGCUCAGCGAAGAGGAGGAGACGGCCCUGCUACACACGUCACAGCUACAGGCCUUUGUGCGGCGCUCCAAGGUCCCGGCCCUGCUCUCGUAUCUCAAGAGCAACGGCGUAAGCCCCGACUUUACGUUCCACCCUCCCGAAGGAAAUCACCAUGCUCCGACGCCUCUACACCUGGCGGCAUCGCAUAACUCUGCCCCCCUGGUCCUCGGCCUUCUCGUCCGCGCCGGGGCGUCUCCGCUCGUACGCAACCGCGAGUCCAGAACAGCCUUUGACCUAGCCGGUGACCGAGCGACGCGCGACGCCUUCCGCGUAGCCCGUCAUGAGCUCGGCGAGUCGAAAUGGAACUGGGACGAGGCCAAUAUCCCGCCGGCCAUGAGCAAGGCCGAUGCCGAUGUCAGGGAAGAGCGUGACAAGGCCGAGGCUACCCGGAAGGAGGUCGAUAGACGGAAGGCUGAGGAGCAGAAGUUGCGGGAGCAGGAAAAGGAACAGCCUUCUGGUGCUGCGUCAACAGGCAAAAAGAAACAUAACGCCCUGGCUGCCGGGCUGGCGAAGACGCCUCAGGAGAAGAGGGAGGAGGAGGCCCGUGGGUUGACGCCUGAGAUGCGUAUGAAGCUAGAAAGGGAGAGGAGAGCUAGAGCUGCCGAGGCACGGAUGCGGAGUAUGCAAGGGCGUUGA